UCCAUUCAUGCGUAUGCUCUGCAGUCUGCACACACCAACAGCAGUGACCUACUGACAGAUGCUCGUAGAGUUGUAGUAUGGCAGCAAUGGCGUUGGGCUCAUCUGCUCUACGAGCAUUAGAAGUACUGCUCCUUCUCCUCCCGCUACUGUUCUCCGUCGACGUCUGUGCUGCAGGCACAACGACACCACCAACAAUACGAUCUCAGCGCGGCAAGCCCAACACCAACAGCAAGCAGAAGCAGGGAGCGCCGCCAGCGGCACCGGCAGUGCGCGCCCUGGUGCAGUCCACCUGCAACGCCACCACAUACUACGACCUCUGCGUGGCCGCCCUCCUGUCGGACCCGUCCAGCUCCACCGCCGACCUCCGCGGCCUCUGCGCCAUCGCCGUCUCCGCAGCUGCCACCAACGCCUCCGCCACAGCAGCCGAUCUCACCAACACCACCUCCUCCUCCUCUGCCACCGCAGGCCCAAUCUCAACAGGGUCGACGGCCGAGCCGGGUACUGAUGGGCGCGUGCGAGUGCCGGCGCCCCUCCUCCAGGUCUGCGCGGCCAAGUACGGCGAGGCACGGGAGGCGCUGCUGGAGGCACGGGAGUCCGUCGGCGAGGAGGCGUACGACUACGCGUUCGUCCACGUGAGCGCGGCGGCCGAGUACCCGGCGGUGUGCCGGACUCUUUUCAGGAGGAAGCGAGUGGCGUACCCCGUGGAUCUGGCCAAGAGGGAGGAGGGGCUGGAGCACCUCUGCACCGUCGCCAUUGACAUCAUCACACUCCUCGCCUAGCCUUAGCCCUUAGCUCUCGCGUGAAAUUCAUGUCUGAUAAUCUGAUGCUUAUCGAUGUAUUGUGUUCCUUGUGUAUCAGUGUAUGUUAUUCUGGCACGCAUGGGAUCAGUAUGCAUGCACCAUCCACCAUGAUUAAAUGAAUGAUAAUCCAAUGCGGCUGGUUUGGUA